AUGGGCGACCGCCUUCCCCACCUGGACACGCCGUCGGAAGACUUCCUCAGCAAUCUCCCCGAUGCGCUUCUCCACCACAUCCUCUCCUUCCUCCCCACCUGCGACUCCGUCCGCACCUCCGUCCUCUCCCGCCGAUGGCGUCGCAUAUGGUCCUCCGUCCCAGCAAUGGACUUCCAUUUCUCUGACCCUACCAACUGGGGAGCCUUAUCAUCCGUCGGCCGAUUCGUCGCCGCCCGCGACAACUCUUGCUCCAUUUCUCGUCUGCGUCUCAUCUUCGACUAUGUAUUGUUCUCAUAUGAAACCUGCUUGUGUGAAUGGAUCGACUACGCCAAAUCCCAUGACGCUCAAGACGUGACCCUCCGCAUAAGCAAUCCCAGACGAGACUAUACUUCCCUACUCGUCGCUCUGUUCAAUUGGCCAUCACUCACGGCCCUGGAUCUGAAAAUGCAAGGCUGUGUUGUCAGUGUUGGACGGGCUUUCAACCUUCCCGAAUGUGUUACCCUGAGCAAUGUCAAGACGCUUUCCCUUUCAAUUUUUAAUGAAAUUUCACAGGAGAGCUUGUCUAGGCUGCUGCUAUCUUGCUGCCCUGCUUUGGAAGAACUAACAUUAGCCUCGAGAUAUCAAACGAACGACUUCAUUGAAAUAGCGGCACCAAAUCUUCUCAGAUUAAAUCUUCUACAUGCUCCAUUCAAGAUUCGAAUUACUUGUCAGAAACUAGAAUCUCUAACGCUAAAACCUUAUUUUCAUGUGCAACAUCUGAAUAUUGAGGCGCCCUCUUUGGCCUCUGUUCGAUUACAUAAUCAGGGACAGUGUUUUCAUCUUUGGUAUGUUGGAGCACUACUCCAUACAUUAUGCAAUGUAACUGCACUAACUAUUGAUCUUCGAUACCUUUGGUUUGCUCAUAGGUUAAGGAUUAUGCCCCUCAUAGAAAGUUUUCCAAUUUUUCACAAAUUGUUAAAGUUGGAGGUCCAUCUGGUUCUUUGCCCCAAGGACGACAGAGUGGAAAUGUUAUUUUCUCUUCUUCAGCACACACCGAAACUUCAUGCACUCACUUUAAUUGAUCGACAAGAGGAUACAUACCUUAAAUUAUUCGACGAAGGGAGUGAUUCAUUUGAUAUUGUACCCUUCAAAGGUUUAGAUCAUCUUAAAAGGGUUUCACUUAGUAUCAACUCUAAAAGUUCUUGGUCAACCAUUUUGAAGAUGUUAUCAGAAAGAGUUCGAGCAUGGGAUGAAGUAGCAGUGAUGUACAAAUCUUUAUAA